AUGGGGGCCAAGCCGUCAAGCGGCCACUGCAAUGACAGGGGCCCGAGGAGGAUGGUGUUCCUGCGCGGGAGGCAGCAAUUCUCCCCGUGGGAUGACACCCUGCUCUCGGGGAAGGACCCCCGGUCCCUGCUGAAGCGGGGCAUGCGCCACAUCAGCUUCAGCCUGGUCACCAAGGGAAUGACAGACAUCCCCGACUUUCUGUGGGGCUUGGCUGAGGUCCAGAAACUCAAUCUGUCCCACAACCAGCUCAGGGUUCUCCCACCCGACGUGGGGAGGCUGAGCCGCCUGGUGGUCCUGAACCUUUGUGGGAACCGCCUGCGGAGCCUGCCUCGAGAAAUCAGCCUCCUCAAGAGCCUGAAGGUGCUGUUCGUGAACAUGAACUGCCUGACAGAGGUGCCGGCAGAGCUGAGCGCCUGCAGGAGCCUGGAGGUCCUGAGCCUGUCGCACAACCGCCUCUCCCAGCUCCCCGCCAGCCUCGCCGACCUCUCCCGACUCAGGAAGCUGAACCUGAGCAACAACUAUUUUGCUCACAUCCCCGUUUGCGUGUUUGCGCUCAAGGACCUGGACUUCCUGCACGUGGGCUCCAAUCGCCUGGAAAACAUCGCCGAGAGCAUCCAGUGCCUGGUCAGCCUGCAGAUCUUCAUCGCAGAAAGCAACAACAUCCACUCCUUCCCUCGGGCGCUCUGCCUGCUCAGCGGCCUGGAGCUGCUGAACUUGAACAACAAUGACAUCCAGACCCUCCCGAAUGAGCUCUACCUGCUGUGGAGGCUGGGGCGGAUUGCUUGGAAUCCCAUGGACAAAGGGCUCCACAUUUCUCACAACCCGUUAUCCAAGCCUCUGCCGGAGCUGGUGGAGGGGGGCCUGGAAGUGCUCUUCGGUUACCUGAAGGACAAAAAGCACAGCUGA